GAAAGCGAGAAUGUGUUGGAAAUGAGUUUCAUUAACAAGAACAGGGGCCGUUUUAAUGAGGUCUGCUGUCCUCAGCAUCCAGAAGCACACUUAAUAGAGGAUUACCGUGCUGGUGACCAGAUCUGCUCAGAAUGUGGUCUGGUUGUAGGUGACAGAGUGAUUGACGUGGGUUCAGAGUGGCGUACAUUCAGCAAUGAAAAGGCCAACAGUGACCCUUCCCGUGUGGGAGGUGCGGAAAACCCACUCCUAAAUGGCUCUGAUCUUUCCACCAUUAUUGGACCCGGCACAGGCAGCGCAUCGUUUGAUGGCUUUGGAGGGUCCAAAUAUCAGAACAGAAGAUCUAUGUCAGGUUCAGACCGUGCCCUCAUCAAUGCCUUCCGAGAGAUCAGUAACAUGGCAGACAAGAUCAACCUGCCAAAAGCCAUUACUGACAGAGCAAAUAUGUUGUUCAAACAGGUGCACGAUGGCAAAAAUUUGAAAGGACGUAGCAACGAUGCCAUUGCGUCCGCUUCAUUAUACAUAGCCUGUCGACAGGAGGGAGUACCCAGAACCUUCAAAGAAAUUUGUGCUGUGAGCAAGAUUAGUAAGAAAGAGAUUGGACGAUGCUUCAAACUCAUCUUGAAGGCUCUGGAAACCCAAGUAGAUCUCAUCACCACUGGAGACUUCAUGUCAAGGUUUUGCUCGAAUCUUGGCCUUCCGACAGCUGUUCAGAAGGGUGCCACCCACAUUGCCAGGAAAGCUGUUGACUUGGACAUCGUUCCCGGAAGGUCACCCAUUUCUGUAGCAGCAGCAGCAAUUUACAUGGCCUCUCAGGCUUCCGAGGACAAGCGAACUCAGAAAGAAAUUGGUGAUAUUGCUGGUGUUGCAGAUGUCACCAUCAGACAGUCAUACAAGCUUAUGUACCCAAGAGCAAAGGAGCUUUUCCCAGAAGACUUCAAGUUCUAUACACCUGUGGAGCAGCUGCCACAGUUAUAGAGUUCGUGUUUACAGAGGAGCUCUUUGGAGAUGUCAUUAACAUUUACAUAUAGUGGGUUUGACCCCCAUUUUAUAGGAAUAAGUACCUUGGAAGUUUUUUAUUUUGAUUUUUUACCCCCUGUUAGGUUCUUAAGUUAAUGAGUUUCUUGAGAGGAUUGACAUAGUAGCAAGAAGGCAAUUAAUACUCAUUAAAACUGAAGGGGUAAGAAAGUGAUGUGGAUGAGGCAGAGAUUUUUAAGAAUGCCAUGAGGUUUACUCUUGAAAAUCAAAUAUAUUGUAUAUCUUUUAUUGCUUUAUGAAAACACGAAAUGAUAUUCUUUGUAAAUUGUCAGGAGAUUCCUUGCUUAUUAGCAAUUUUAAUAGAUAAAAGUUAACAUUCAAAGUUUAUUUUCUUUUGUGUUUUCUAAAAAGUGUAAAAAAAUAACAAAAAGCAAAACCAGAAAAAAGGAAAUCUUUUUAUGUUGUGUAACCUUACUGAUUACUGAGAAAUCAUUUUAACUGAUCACAAAAUGAAAGACAGAGUGAAUUGUGAAAAAAAAGAAGAGGGGGUUAAAAAAAAUAAGAAAAGAAAAACUUCAGAAAAUUUAUGUAUACAUUAAUGUAUACAAGAUUAUUGAUGUAUACUGAGGGUUAAAAAUUUAUUAACAUGUAUGUAACAUUUGAUGGAUUGUUUUUUUGAAGGGAAAGUACUGAAAUAGAAUUAUUUUAUAUAGCCUAGAAAGGAACUUGUGUAAUGAUUGAUAACAGGAAUUUCUCACAUGUGUGGAUGCAGAAACACUUAGUGUGAUAUAUAAGCGUAUUGUUAUUUGGGGUUUUAUCAUAUAUUUUUUUUUCCCAGUUAAGUUUAUCUUCACAGUUUGAGAUUAAGAAAGAAUAUCUUAUUUUUUCUUUUUUUUAAAAGUAGGCUGCUAAAAUACAAACAAAGGAAACAAUUCAUUCAUGUGUCUGAAGAAGGAAAAAUUUUGUCGGGUUAACAGUCAAAGAAAGGUUAGAAUCACCAUGGGCCCUUGGGAUUUAUACCUUGUGUAAGUAGGAAUAACUAUUGCAGCAUGCCUUGGUCAGUAUCAAAUGUAUUUAGAAGUAAGUUAACCCUCUGAAUGUCUGUAGGUUAAUGGGCAAUGUAGAUGAAAAGAAAGUACAAAAUAAAUACUUUUUUGACAA